CGAUCACAUGGAUUUUAGUAUCCAUCCGGAAAUGGAGAGAGGUAACUGGUCCAACAGGGCACGUCUACUGUUGCACUUGUCCGCCGCCGUUCACCUGGGCUAUGCCAUCUACUUUGACUUCAAAUUCACCCAGUUGCCACAGCUGGCGGUGACCCUGCGUCUGGAGCCGCCAAUGGGAGGAAAGUUCAAGUACAUGACCUUCCUCAGCGGUCUAGUGCAGUUUGGCUACUAUACACUGGCGCUGACCUAUGACAUUUUGCGGAUGGGAUCUCUAAGAAAACUGCGUGACUAUAUGUUUGCCACUUUGGUCAUACCUCUGGCCCUGACUGUUGGUCUGACUUUCUGGACACUCUAUGGCAUCGAUAGGGAAUCAAUAUACCCAUCCCUGCUGGACUUCAUCUAUCCCAACUGGCUGAACCACACCAUGCAUACUUUCGUCGUGGUCUACGCCUUCGUCGAGUUGGGCAUCACAAGGCAUCGUUAUCCGAAACGCAGUCGAGGAUUCUUUGGUCUGGGUGCCUUCAUGAGCGGGUAUCUGGUUUGGAUUCACUAUGUUUGGUUCAGGACGGGAAUCUGGGUUUAUCCCUUUUUGGGAGGCAUUGAUUGGCCCUUGAGGGUCCUCUUUUUUGCCCUGAUCGUAGUCCUUGGAUUUGUCUACUAUCUCUUUGGUGAGCAUGUUAAUCUCGUCCUGCGAACGCCAAGCACUGGGGAUCACAAAUGGAGUGGCAGUGAUUAA